GCCAUGCAGAAAGAAGGGAAGGACAUUAACAUUAAGGAGGUGAUGGACUGCUGGACCCUCCAGAUGGGUUAUCCUGUAGUGACCAUCAGUAAGAACUACAGUCUGGACCGCAGCGUCACCAUCACACAGGAACACUUUGUCUACGACAGGGAUGCCAAGAUCAGAGACGCUGACCUCUUCAACAGAAGUCUACAGUGGCAGAUUCCUCUAACUUUAGCAGUGGGGAAUUCAACUUACAAAUCAUCAGAAGUCAUCCUCUGGAUCUCCAAUAAAACAGAGACACACAAAGUGGGCCGGAUAGACGAGGACAUAUGGUUGCUAGGCAACAUCAACCAGACUGGGUACUUCCGGGUGAACUACGACCUCCACAACUGGAGGCUCCUCAUCGGACAGCUGAUGACCAACCCUGAGAUUAUCUCUGUUGGCAACAGGGCGGGGCUCAUCGAUGAUGUCUUCAAUCUGGCCAGGGCUGGCUACCUACCCCAGAAUGUGCCCCUCCAGAUAAUCUGCUACCUACCCCAGGAGAGAGAGUUCCUCCCCUGGCACGCUGCCAGCCGCUCCCUCUACCAGCUGGACAAGCUGCUAGACCGCACAGAGGACUACAGCCUCUUUAGUGACUACGUGCUGAAGCAAGUGGCCUCAAAGUACCACAAGAUGGGCUGGCCCUUGGCUCUCACAGAAGGCUCCAUCAUGCAGACCUCCUACCAGACUGAAGAGCUGCAGAGAGAGGUGAUCAUGCUGGCAUGUAGUUUCGGGAACAAGCACUGUCACCGCCAAGCCGUGUCACUCAUCUCUGAUUGGAUCUCCAGCAACAAGAACAGGAUCCCUCCCAACGUGCGUGACAUAGUGUACUGUACAGGAGUGUCUCUGAUGGAUGAGGACGUGUGGGAGUUUAUCUGGAUGAAGUUCCACUCCAGCACAGCAAUCUCAGAGAAGAAGGUUCUCCUGGAGGCUCUCACCUGCAGCGACAAUGGCUUCCUGCUCAACCGGCUGCUGAAUCUAUCUCUGAGCUCAGAUUUGGUCCCAGAUCAAGAUGUCAUCGAUGUCAUUAUUCACGUGGGACGGAACCCGCAUGGAAGACACUUAGCCUGGAGGUACUUCAGGGAGAAGUGGGACAUCUUGAAUUCACGCUACGGGGAGGCCCUAUUCAUGAAUUCAAAGCUAAUCAGUGGGGUGACUGAAUUCCUAAACACAGAGACAGAGCUGAACGAGCUGAAGGAGUUCAUCCAGAUCAGUGGAGGUGGGGCGGGGCCAGCGUUGUCCCGGGCCGUGGAGAUCGUGGAGGCCAACGUGAGAUGGCACAGUCUCUACGAACGCCAGAUCUUCCAGUGGCUAAGGAAGUCUCCCAACGGUUAACACACAGCCAAGCAUGGUACCUCUCUGAAACUAUUACAGACCCAACAACAACGGGCAGAGAAAAAAAAUCAAGAGAAAAAAAAACGUUUCAACAAAGAGAAAACAUUAAUAUGUUAAUUUGAAUAGCAAAAUAAGAUAUUUCCCCAAAACUUUUCCAUCAGAGAGGGAACAGUGAAGACGGACGAUGUGAUUGGCUCAGAUGACCUUAGUCUGACCGACUGUCGAAGGUGGAUUUGACUUGGUAUAAAUAUUGCAUGGUGGCAUUCAUCUCCAGUGACAGUUCUAUUUUUGAAUGCAUGGUUUUCAUCCCUCCUCUGAUUGGUUUUCCACUAAGCUGACCCCUGUGACCUUUUCAAUGACCUUUGAACCUCAGGUCAACUCUUAGUAGCCUUUGAGGAGAAAGACAAACGCGCUACAAAAGACACAGGAAGAGGACAUGGCGGCAAUAUGAUACAACUGUGACAAGCACAAGUAUUAUUAUUUUUCAAUGAUGACAAUCAUUGUUUUGAUUAGGACAAAGACAAACAGGA